CCUCGGGACCCGCCUGACGUCGGCGGCGCGGGCAUAAGAGGCGCCCGGGUCCGAGGCGGCCGCUGUGCAGCGCUCGCAACAGCAGAGCGGCGCGUGCGAGUCCAGCGCGCCGGGUGCGCCCCGCAGUGCGCGCUCCGCCGGCCCGGGCGCCGCGAGGCAUGGAGUAGCGGGACCGGAGCCGGACGCCGGAGUAGCCCGAGGCUCCGGAGCAGCUCAUCCCUCCAGCCAGCGAGUUCCGGGUGUGCAGACUUCCCAGCCCGCCUGCCGAGCGCACGAUGCGCGGGCCCGGGCGCCCGCUCCUCCUGGGGCUGCUGCUAGUGCUGGGCGCAGUGGGGCCUGGCCGGGGAGUCACCGAGCCCCGGGAGGUGGCGGACAGACAGACGCUGCUGCGGCUCAUCGUGGAGAUCAUCCAGGAGCUCAAGAAGUACCACUCGGGGGAGUCCAAACGCCUGCAGCCCCCGGGCCCGCAGGACGCCGCUCCGGGCCGCAGGGAGGCCUCGGACUACGGGCUGGACCCCGAGGAGCAGCGAGCGGAAAUUGUCCCCCGGGAUCUAAGGAUGAAGGACAAGUUUUUGAAGCACCUGACAGGGCCUCUCUACUUCAGCCCGAAGUGCAGCAAACACUUCCACAGGCUGUACCACAACACCCGAGACUGCACUGUCCCGGCAUACUACAAGAGGUGUGCCCGGCUCCUGACCCGGCUGGCUGUGAGUCCCGUGUGCAUGGACGGAUAAGCCACGGGCGACCCACGGAGGAAACCCUGCCAAGUGCCUUGCAGACCGACAGGGACUCAGAACCGGCCGCCUGCACCAACACGUCCCAGGAACAGAGAUUUAUUUUUGCAACUUCCACAGCUCCUGGCGUUUCGUAGGUUGUUGGCAGCGUCUGCGGACAUGCACGCCGUCCGUCCGAGCGCCCGGCGGUGGGCCUGCCGCUCCGUGUUUCAGAACGAGCGCGCGCCGGUCUGCCGUGUAACGCCACAGCACGGGGGAGGCUCCUCAGUCUCCUGCUUGGGUGGGACCCCAGGACAUUUCUUUAGAAAUGCAAGCAGAUCUGAAACUAUAUUUUCAUAUCACGUAUGGUAUGAUUUAAUAUUUUUGUUACUUUUACAAUUAAAUUCCCAGUAUUAGUUGGAAGUGCAUGAAACUUUUUUAAAAAGAUAAACUUCAGCUGUGUUUUGGAGACAGUGAAGUGUAAAUUGUGAACAUAUCGAGGCUAAGUUCACCUGUCGUUUGUGUAAUAAAUGUAAUUAGUACCAGUAUACUGUGCAAUAUGUACAUGCUGUACAUAAGACAAGUAAUAAAGUGUUUGUUAUAACAAUCAA